UACGAUACUUUUGGCCUCAACAUCCGUUUGGGUCAGCGAGUCAACGGCAAAACCCUCAGCGACCGAGCUUCUCCUUCGAUGCUCUCCCAUGACAAUCUUCAGAACCCUAAUUCGAUCCCUUCUCCGGAACCAUGGCUCUCGAUCUCACCUUUCAUGCCGCACUCCAUCUUCUCUUUCUCCCCUCGUUUCCUUCUCCCCUCUCCCUCUAUCUCACUCCACCGUCGCCUCCAAUCCUUUCGCCUUCGUUCUCCCGCUCAACCGUUCGCCUGCUCCGAUCUUGUGCCCUCCCUUUCGAUGGACCCCCUUCUCCGGCCCCCUUUUCCUCUCUUCGCCCCCAUGGAAGCUCUUGCAGUCGGCAACUCCUUUGUAUCUGCGCGGUAAAGAUGCGAUCUUUCCGAAGGAUCUGCUUCAAGUUCGGAGCUUUCCGGUCGAGUUAAGAUUGAUAUCGAUGGGAGAGAUCGAGAGGGGAAUUGUAAGGAAUGAAAUUCAAUGGAGAGAGGAACCCAAGGAAGUCGGUUCUGAAAGGAUUGAUGAGAAACUCUUAAAUUUGCCUAAUUUGGUCUCGAUCAGCAGGAUGGUGUCGGGUCCUAUAAUCGGAUGGAUGAUUAUAAAUGAGUGGUAUCUUCCUGCUUUCGGUGCAUUGGUUGUCUCUGGAGCAACUGAUUGGUUGGAUGGUUUCCUUGCAAGAAAGAUGGGUAUUCAUUCAGUCUUUGGUUCCUACCUUGAUCCACUAGCUGACAAGGUUUUAAUUGUCUGUGUUGGAUUGGCUAUGUUAAAAAAGGAUCUACUAAAUCCUAUGCUUGUGGCCUUGAUCGUUGCAAGAGAUGUAGGUCUUAUUGGUGGUGCAUUUUAUAAAAGAGCUGCAAGUUUGGGAUGGGAGUGGAAGAGUUGGUCUCAGUUUGUAAAUCUUGAUGAAAUGCAUAGGCACAAGGUAGAGCCUCUCUUAAUAAGCAAGGUGAACACAGUCUUCCAGUUGCUUUUAGUUGCUGCUGCUCUUCUUCAGCCUGAGUUAGGGAAUAAAGAAACUCAGGUUUACAUAACCUACUUGAGUUGGUUGGUCGCUUCAACAACGUCUGUCUCUUCGAUCGCAUACAUAGUUCAAAAUCUUCAUAGAUGAUCUGCUUUCCACUGCAGAUCAUUGUGGUUGGUGAAGAAGUACCAACGGUGCUUCCUCUUGUUCUUUGAGGGCAUUUCAUGAAGUCUUCAGAAUUGAUCACAAGCUUGUGGUUCCAUGUUCUCUAUCACAAAUAGCAGGCCCAGCGGAUGAGAUACAUGUAUACUUUUUUUUUUUAUUUGAAAAAAAAGAGUCAAAAUCCUUUCAUUUUGAAGGCAAGAGUUCUUUUUCCCCUCGUAAUAGUGGAUGAAGUGCCCUUAAUCCAUGCAGAUUAGCUAACACUCAUGUUUGUAUCUGCCAUUUGUGUCUAAAUGCAGACAGAAAUCAGUGAUAUUUCAAAUUUAAUCUCAAAGAUAAUUUGAACUCGUGAUUUGAAGUUAUUGGUUUACCUAGCAAACAAUAUAUUAGUGACAUAAUUUACUGGAUUGUGA